CAUAACACUACCUCCACCAUGUUUCACAGAUGAGCUCGUAUGUUUUGGAUCAUGAGCAGAUCCUUUCUUUGUCCACACUUUGGACUUUCCAUCACUUUGGUAGAGGUUACUCUUAGUUCCAGAACUUUUGUGGCUCAUCUCUGUAUUUCUUUGCGAAUUCCAAUCUAGCUUUCCUAUUCUUACUGCUGAUGAGUGAGUGGUUUGCAUCUUGUCGUAUGGCCUUUAUAUUUCUGCUCUUGAAGUCAAAUGGUGGAUUGUGAUACCUUUACCCCUGCCCUGUGGAGGUUGUUGGUGAUGUCGCUGACUGCUGUUUUUGGAUUUUUCUUCACACCUCCCACAAUGCUUCUGUCGUCAGCCGUUGUUGUUGUUGUUGUUUUCCUUGGCCGACCCAUUUGGUGUGUGUUGCUCAGUACACGAGUGGUUUCUUUCUUUUUCAGGACAUUCCAGAUUGUUGUAUUGGCUAUGCCAAAUAUUUGUGCAGUGCAUCUGAGUGAUUUUCCCUCUUUUCUCAGCUUCGAAAUGGCUUGCUUUUCUCCCAUAGACAGCUCUCUGAUCUUCAUGAUGGCUUAUCCUUUUUAACAACAAAUGCAGUCGUCACAGGUGAAACCGAAGGCUAAAACCAAUAGCAGAUGUUCAAAGCUAUUUAUUGUUUAAACAGUCAGUCUAACAGGACACACCUGGGUAUCAAUAAAUUCCUGUCAGUCACAUGUUCCAAUAUUUCCCCUCACCUACAAAUUGGGUAGUCUGAUACAAAAUGGGCUGUUCUACAUCGUUUAACGCAUCUACAUAUAAAUACCAGGAAACAUAAGCUGAAAUUCUAAAAUCUCUUCUCAUAUUCAUCUUUUGAUCUCAAACCAAAAUGUCCUCAGCAAAAACGACUGAAUUGGCCUUGCUGUUCCAGUAUUUUCAGAGGGGGCUGUAUGCGUGUGUUAGCACUUAGUGCAUAGUUAAUCACGUCUUUUUCUUUGUUUGUGAAAGUGGAUUAUUUAUCACGUACCAAACAUUCUACAUUGUUGUCAUGCUUUAUUUUUAAGGGGGUUGUCAGAAAGCCGUCUUUUCACAGUGACAGUGGAUUCCAGUCAUCCUGAAUUAGUUGAGUCACUUGUGUGGCUGACAGUCAUGCAGACGCCACCGCUUUUGCUUCAUACUAGCUCUUCUGAUUUUCUGUUGACUAUCAGAGAGAGAUCAUGCUUUAGUGUGUAUCCAGCAACCCAGAAACACGCACCGUACACUUUCGGGUGCUAAUUAAACCACUGCAAAGUCAUGCAUAGUGAUCAGGUUAAUAACAGCUGAUGCUCGUAUUCACAUGUGGCUAGUGUGUAGGACCUAACUACUUAUUUGAGGCCUGUAUCUGUUAUUCAGAAAACGGUUGAUUAUAGCACAGUGUGUGCUUGCUGAGAGCUGGGUUGGGCAUCAUGCACAAUGUUGUUUGAAUGACCCCUUGAUGUUUCGAAUAAGCUCCGGGAUAGUCUCCGGCAUUCUGGCUUGGGGGGAAAAGCAGUUUCUGAAGGUGAAUGAAUGAGUAUCAUAUACCUGAUUCUUCACACGUUCCUGGUUGUUGCACACUCAGUUCCCACUCUGACCUUGUUAGAGUUGCUCUCUUUGAGACUGGUGAGAUUUGAGUUUUUUAAGAUUGCAGCAUAAAACGUGAGCCGUGAGUUUGAAUUUAUUGCAUGUGCCACAAGGAUAUGAAUUCCCCCGUACACUUCCUUCCUCAGUCUCUCAUUCAGUCUGUGAUUCAUUUUUUUUUUUUUUUAAAUAUUUUUUUCCCUUCUUCACUUCUCUUUCUAGCACCCCACCCCCUCUCUAAAUCAUCCCAGCUCACUUCAACAGAGUUGCUACUUUGUAAAUUGUUCUCCUGCUGAUAGAUUCGUCGCUGACUUUGUCUGUAGCUAAUUUUAUUUAUUUAUUUUUGCACAGAAGUUGAAGCGCUUUUGCCCAGCAGGCUCUCAGGGACCAGCAGGUACACUCAGACAGUGUGAAUGAGAGCUAGGCAGCUGUAAGAGGCUUUUGACGCCCAAAGCCACAGCCAUGCCGCCUCCCCCGGACAUCCUGAAGGUGGCCAUUGAGUGGCCAGGGGCCUUCCCCAAACUUAUGGAAAUAGACCAGAAAAAGCCCCUUUCUGCGGUCAUUAAAGAAGUCUGUGAGGGGUGGCAGCUUCCGAACCACGAAGGCUACGCCCUGCAGAACGCCGACUCCACUAACUUCUACAUCACUGAAAAGAAUCGCAACAACAUAAAAAAUGGCUCCAUCCUGCGCCUUACCACGUCUCCUGCCCAGAUGGCAUUGCAGCUGUACGAGCGCAUCCAAACCGGCAGUCUGGAUUUGAAACUGGACGCUCUGAAGGACUUGGCCAACUCAUCCCGAGACAUUACCUUCGCCCAGGAGUUCAUCAACCUGGACGGCAUCUCGCUGCUCACCCAGAUGGUAGAGAGUGGCACCGAACGGUAUCAGAAACUGCAGAAGAUGAUGAAGCCCUGCUUCGGAGAGAUACUGUCUUACACAUUGACUGCCUUCGUGGAACUCAUGGACCAUGGCAUCAUCUCGUGGGAUACGUUCUCGGUGGCCUUCAUCAAGAAGAUUGCAAGUUUUGUGUGCAAGACAUCCACAGACUCGGCAGUACUGCAGAGAUCACUGGCCAUCCUAGAAUCUAUGGUGCUCAACAGUCAGGACCUGUACCAGAAGGUGGCGCAGGAGAUCACUAUUGGCCAGCUCAUGCCUCAUCUUCAAGGGACGGAUCAGGAUAUUCAGACUUACACUAUCGCAGUGAUUAAUGCGCUCUUCCUGAAAGCCCCCGAGGACAAGAGACAGGAGAUGGCUCACAUUCUGGCACAGAAGCAGUUGCGCAACAUUAUCCUUACUAAUGUAAUCAGGAGCCCCAAGCCCAUUAAUGACGAGAUGGCGCACCAGCUUUAUAUGCUGCAAGUGCUGACCUUUAAUCUUUUGGAGGAUCGCAUGAUGACCAAGAUGGACCCUCAGGACCAGGCUCAGAGAGACAUCAUCUUUGAGCUGCGCCGGAUCGCUUUUGAUGUCGAGUGCGAAACCAGCAGCAGCGGCAGUAUUGAAAAGCGCAGGUCCAUGUACACCAGAGACUACAAGAAGCUAGGCUUCAUCAAUCAUGUGAACCCGGCAGUGGAUUUCACACAGAUUCCUCCGGGGAUGUUGGCUCUGGAUAAUAUGCUGUAUUUUGCCAGGCAACACCAGGAUUCCUACAUCAGGAUCGUCCUGGAGAACAGCAGUCGUGAAGACAAGCACGAGUGUCCGUUCGGCCGCAGCAGUAUCGAGCUUACCAAAAUGCUGUGCGAGAUCCUCAAAGUAGGAGAACUGCCCAGUGAGAACUGCCAUGACUUCCACCCCAUGUUCUUCACUAAUGACCACUCUUUUGAGGAGUUCUUCUGCAUCUGCAUCCAGCUGCUCAACAAAACCUGGAAAGAGAUGAGAGCCACGUCGGAAGACUUUAACAAAGUGAUGCAGGUGGUGAGGGAACAGAUCACUCGUGCUCUGACGAACAAGCCUAACUCUCUGGAUCAGUUCAAGACCCGCCUGCAGAACCUGAGCUACACCGAGAUCCUCAAGAUCAGACAGUCGGAGAGGAUGAACCAGGAGGACUUCCAGUCUCGGCCCAUUCUGGAGCUGAGGGAGAAGAUCCAGCCUGAAAUCAUGGAGUUGAUCAAACAGCAGCGUCUCAACCGCUUAUGCGAAGGCACAUGCUUCAGGAAGAUCAGUAGCCGCAGGAGACAGGAUAAGUUCUGGUAUUGUCGAUUGUCACCAAAUCAUAAAGUACUCCACUAUGGGGACCUGGAGGAGAGUCCUCAGGGAGAGGUACCUCACGAUUCUCUACAAGACAAAUUGCCCGUGGCUGAUAUCAAAGCUGUUGUCACCGGUAAGGACUGUCCACACAUGAAGGAGAAGGGAGCCCUGAAGCAGAACAAGGAAGUGCUGGAGUUGGCCUUUUCUAUCCUCUAUGAGUCUGAUGAGUAUUUAAACUUCAUUGCUCCUGACAAGCAUGAGUACUGUGUGUGGACAGAUGGGCUGAACGCUCUUUUGGGAAAGGAGAUGACCAGUGAAUUCACUCGCUCCGACUUGGACACUCUUCUGAACAUGGAGAUGAAGCUCCGCCUCCUGGACCUGGAGAACAUCCAGAUUCCAGAGGCCCCACCCCCUAUCCCAAAAGAACCUAGUAAUUAUGACUUUGUCUAUGACUGCAACUAAAGCCCUCCACUGGACCAAGUUAUUUUUUUUUUUACAUGCAGACUGGAAGAAAGAACAAAAGUUUUAGGAAAAAAAAACAAACAAAAGGAUCGUUUUUUCUUUCUUUCUUUCUUUCUUUCACUUAAUUCUUUUCGUUUUAAAUUGCAUUAUUUCCCGGUGAGUUUAUCGAACUCACAGUUUGCUCUUCGGGUGUCUGACAUAUGUCCCAUAUCCCACCUGCACCUCUUUAAAAACAAAAAAAAAACUUCGGCUAACUUCGCGGUAACCACACACACACACACACACACACACCUUGAACAUGGGUUAACUCUGGCUCACGUACACUGUCAUAAUGCUUGUCCUUUCCGUUUUUAUUACCAUCCAUCCUGUUUGAGGUGAGAGCCCCGCUGCUGAGUGUGUGCAGAGCCUGGGGACUUUGGCUUUUAGCACAUCCUGCAGCAGACGUCUGACUCACACAGGCGGCAGCUAACAGCACAGAAAAGGCAGCGUAAGUGGCAUUAGUGUAAGUGUCCAAGUCCAUCGGCAUCAGCGCGUUCUGUCGAUGCUUCUCAAACGAUAGACUGUUAACUGAACUCCUGUCUCAUAUUAGCCCUGAUCUGAGUCUGUCCUUCCUUCAGUGGACCAGCCAGCCUGUGGGACUGUAACCUGAAAAUUCAAAUCCAAAUCCAACGCUUGCUUCUACCUGAUACCCACCAGACUUGUGGUAGACUGCUGUAACAUUCCAAAGCAAUAUAUUGAGCUUCUGUUUUUGUAACAUGGUGUAAACUUUAGUGAUAUUUGUGCAGCCAAGUAGUCAGUAUCAUUUGUGUCAGUUAAUCGAUUUUUUAGGAACACGAGAUAGAUUUGAUCAUUGAUGUUAAUUUAAGUUAAAUGAUAAAUACUCUCACUGUUUUAUCCUCCUGAAUUAUUUUUUUAUCCUUUCAGAUGUUUAUGUAUUUUAGAGCCCCACACCAUGCUGUUUACAUUAAAGAUCAAUUCCAACUCA